GGGAUGGAGGGACAGAACGAGGGAUGGAGGGGACAGAACGAGGGACGGAGGGGACAGAACGAGGGAUGGAGGGGACAGAACGAGGGACGGAGGGGACAGAACGAGGGAUGGAGGGGACAGAACGAGGGAAGGAGGGGACAGAACGAGGGAUGGAGGGGACAGAACGAGGGAUGGAGGGGACAGAACGAGGGAUGGAGGGAAUAGAAGCGCCACUGUCCCUCUGAGUCCGAACCCAUCUCUCUGGGGUGUGAUGACUGGAGAACUGGAGGAGGGAAAUAGGGAGGAGACAACCCGCUUUCUUUUCAGAAGUCAUGUUAUCGAUUUAAAACACUGAAUGAAGGAGAGACCGAGAGGAAUGGACUGGACAGACUGCUGAAGCUAGGCUCUAUGGUUCCUGUCUACAGUAGAGGUGCUGUUGUUGUCUCUGACACUGUGAUGAUUGGACUGGACAGACUGCUGAAGCUAGGCUCUAUGGUUCCUGUCUACAGUAGAGGUGCUGUUGUUGUCUCUGACACUGUGAUGAUUGGACUGGACAGACUGCUGAAACUAGGCUCUAUGGUUCCUGUCUACAGUAGAGGUGCUGUUGUUGUCUCUGACACUGUGAUGAUUGGACUGGACAGACUGCUGAAACUAGGCUCUAUGGUUCCUGUCUACAGUAGAGGUGCUGUUGUUGUCUCUGACACUGUGAUGAUUGGACUGGACAGACUGCUGAAGCUAGGCUCUAUGGUUCCUGUCUACAGUAGAGGUGCUGUUGUUGUCUCUGACACUGUGAUGAUGGGACUGGACAGACUGCUGAAACUAGGCUCUAUGGUUCCUGUCUACAGUAGAGGUGCUGUUGUUGUCUCUGACACUGUGAUGAUUGGACUGGACAGACUGCUGAAACUAGGCUCUAUGGUUCCUGUCUACAGUAGAGGUGCUGUUGUUGUCUCUGACACUGUGAUGAUUGGACUGGACAGACUGCUGAAACUAGGCUCUAUGGUUCCUGUCUACAGUAGAGGUGCUGUUGUUGUCUCUGACACUGUGAUGAAUGGACUGGACAGACUGCUGAAACUAGGCUCUAUGGUUCCUGUCUACAGUAGAGGUGCUGUUGUUGUCUCUGACACUGUGAUGAUUGGACUGGACAGACUGCUGAAACUAGGCUCUAUGGUUCCUGUCUACAGUAGAGGUGCUGUUGUUGUCUCUGACACUGUGAUGAUUGGACUGGACAGACUGCUGAAACUAGGCUCUAUGGUUCCUGUCUACAGUAGAGGUGCUGUUGUUGUCUCUGACACUGUGAUGAUUGGACUGGACAGACUGCUGAAACUAGGCUCUAUGGUUCCUGUCUACAGUAGAGGUGCUGUUGUUGUCUCUGACACUGUGAUGAUUGGACUGGACAGACUGCUGAAACUAGGCUCUAUGGUUCCUGUCUACAGUAGAGGUGCUGUUGUACCUCUGACACUGUGAUGAUUGCACCCUACCUGCUACUAUUCAACUCUACUUGUCCUGGGCUGCUUCAGUUCAAGGGGGUAAUCCUACAGAGCAGG